AUGACCACAGCCCACGAGCGAAUGGAAACUGCAGGAGAUUUCACGUCACGCGAGCCCCCGAUUCGACGGGCAGAUUUCCGUAAACGCGCCUUCACGGUUGGAAUUGGAGGACCAGUUGGAUCCGGCAAAACUGCUUUAGUUCUUGCCCUGUGUGAACUGUUGAGGGAUCACAUCAGUUUGGCUGUCGUCACGAAUGAUAUUUUCACUCGAGAAGAUUGGGAGUUUCUCGUAAAGAACAAAGCAAUUGAGAAGAGUCGAAUGGAGGCUGUCGAGACGGGUGGAUGUCCACAUGCCGCUAUACGAGAAGAUAUUUCCGUGAAUCUCGAUGCUGUCACGAGACUGACAAAACUUCAUAAUCCUGAAAUUGUGUUCGUGGAGUCCGGGGGUGACAAUCUCGCAGCGAAUUUCAGCCGAGAACUUGCUGAUUUCAUUAUAUACAUCAUCGACGUUGCAGGUGGCGACAAAAUUCCUCGUAAGGGUGGACCUGGAAUCACUCAAAGCGAUUUGUUUGUCAUUAAUAAAACCGACUUGGCUGAUGCUGUUGGAGCGUCACUUGAAGGCAUGAAAGUUGAAAGUCAUCGGAUGCGACAAGGCGGACCUACAAUAUUCGCCGAAGUCAAGAAUAGACGAGGAAUUCAUCAAAUCGCUCAACAUAUUCUGUCGAGCUAUGCAACACACACCGGCAACAAAAUUCCCGUGUCUGAUUUAAGUGUUUGA